AUGACUGACUUAUCUCAACAAAUGAACAACCUUUCGGUGUCGGGCAACGGCGAGUCCUCUCGCUCCCAGUACGUCCCUCCUCAUCUCAGAGGCAGAAAGGGUGGCGCUGGUGGCUCUAGCAACUCCGACUCCGGUGAGGGCAGAAGCAACGGCGGCUACAACAACAACUCCCGUCGCGACUUUGGUGGCUCUGGUUUCGGAGGCAACAACCGUAGUGGCUUCGGAGGCUCCGGCUUCGGAGGUGGAUACAACAGAGACCGUAACGGUGGCGGUGCUCGUGCUGGUGUUGGUAGAUGGGCCGACGGAAAGCACCAACCUGCUCCUAAGAACGAGCGCAUGGAGCUCGAGCUCUUCGGUGUUGCCGAGGACUCUUCUUUCCAAUCUUCCGGUAUCAACUUCGACAACUACGACGAUAUUCCUGUUGAGGCUACCGGUGACGAUGUCCCAGAGCCCAUCACCUCUUUCGAGACUCCUCCAUUGGCUGACUUGUUGGUGGAGAACAUUGUCUUGUCCAGAUUCACCAAGCCAACCCCAGUCCAGAAGUACUCCGUUCCUAUUGUCGCUGGUGGCAGAGACUUGAUGGCUUGUGCCCAGACUGGUUCCGGUAAGACUGGUGGUUUCUUGUUCCCAGUCUUGUCUGAGUGUUACAUCAAUGGCCCAGCCCCAAGACCUCAAACUGGUCACUUCACUGCCAACAUGGUGUUCCCAACUGUCUUGAUCAUGGCUCCAACCAGAGAGUUGGUGUCCCAAAUCUACGACGAGGCCAGAAAGUUCUGUUACAGAUCUUGGGUCCGCCCUGGUGUCGCCUACGGUGGUGUUGACAUCGGACAACAAAUCAGAACCUUGCAAAGAGGAUGCGAUUUGUUGGUCGCCGCUCCAGGUCGUUUGACUGACUUGUUGGAGAGAGGCAAGGUCUCCUUGCAAAACGUCAAAUACUUGGUCUUGGACGAAGCCGACAGAAUGUUGGAUAUGGGUUUCGAGCCUCAAAUCAGACACAUUGUCCAGGAGUGUGACAUGCCAGAUGUUCAAGACAGACAAACCUUGAUGUUCUCGGCCACCUUCCCAAGAAACAUCCAAAUGUUGGCCAGAGACUUCUUGAAGGACUACAUCUUCUUGUCCGUCGGUAGAGUUGGUUCUACUUCUUCUAACAUUACUCAAAAGAUUUUGUUGGUUGAGGACGACGAGAAGAGAUCCGUCAUCUUGGACUUGUUAAAUGCUGGUGACAAGGAGCUUACGAUUGUUUUCACUGAAACCAAGAGAAUGGCCGACUACUUGGCCGACUUCUUGUAUGAUCAAGGCUUCCCAGCUACCGCCAUCCACGGUAACAGAACCCAAUACGAGAGAGAGAAGGCUCUUGCCGCUUUCAAGAAUGGUUCUGCUCCUAUCUUGGUGGCUACUGCCGUCGCUGCCAGAGGUUUGGAUAUUCCUAACGUUCAGCACGUCAUCAACUAUGACUUGCCAAAUGACAUCGACGACUACGUUCACAGAAUUGGUCGUACAGGACGUGCUGGUAAUGUCGGUGUCGCCACCUCUUUCUUUAACAGAAACAACAGAAACAUUGUUAAGGACAUGAUCUCUUUGUUGGCCGAGGCUGACCAAGAGGUUCCAGACUUCUUGGCCAAGAUUUCCAGAGAGUCUUCUUUCGGCCGUGGCGGCAUGGGUGGCCGUGGUCGCGCCGGUGGAAUGGGCAGCCGUAUGGGCGGUGGUGGCGCCUCCAAGGACUUCAGAAGACAAGGUGGCGGCGGAUUCGGUGCCUCUUCUCAAAGCUCUUGGGGCUCCAGCAACGGUGCUAGUGCCGGUGGCAGAAGCGAUUUUGGUGGUAGCUCCAGAAGUGGAGGCUACUCCCAGGAUUACGGUAACCAAUCCCAAAGUGCCUCGUGGUGGUAA